AUGUAUAUUAGAAAUUUUAUUAAAGCAAACAAUUUUAACUUUCUCAAAAUCGAAGUUACACCAUGCAAUUAAAGUUCUUCAACUGAUAGAACAUGUGCAUCAGAUGAUGAAAUAAAACAGCAAUUAGAAGAAGCUGGGAAUUUCAAGGUAUAGGUAUAUUCUGUCAACAAGGUAGUGUAUGUAAUCUUAAAAUAGGUAAUAAAUCCCAAUAAAAUUGGAUCGGACUAUGUAUCUAUCUAUUUGGAUGAUCAAAGUUACUUAUCGUUUGUGCCUAAAAAGAUAAGCAAAUAUGCAAACAUUUACUUUAGAUAAUAUUAAUUUUAAAAUAGUCUUGAUCUUUAUCCAUUUAAUGAGGAUCAGAAUCUGAAUUUUGUUUCGAUAGAUAAUACAGAGACCAAAGAAAUAACUGAUUUGGGAAGGGAUUCCGAUACUAUUUAUGCAGCAUUCUAUUUUCGUAAAAGUCCAAUCACUAUUUUGGUUGAGAGAAAGAAUUAAAAUGUUACUGAUUUGCUCUCUAAAUUGGGGGGUUUACUAUAGAUAUCCUUAAUAGUUAUGGGAUUCAUCAUAUCAGCGUAUAAUAAAAUAACAAUGUUUGUCGAAUUGUCGAAUAAGAUUUAUGAGUUUAGUCCUGAUGUUGAAGAGUAGACUAAAUAGCAUUAAUAAAAUCUAAAAUUAAUAGAUAAUGCUUAUGAAGAGAAACAGUUCAAACAAGAAUACUAUGUGAAUAGAGAAGGUUAAUAAUAAAAGAUUCCCAAUAGUGAAAUUAAACACAAAAGCAAAAUCCUAAGACUUUUCGGUAAAAGCCAACCUGAUAAACAUAUUAUGCUGAUUGAUCGUCCAACGACUGAAAAUAAUGAGUGUGUUAAUCAAGGCUUGAAUGAUAAUGAAGAUAAAAGUAAUUAAAAUACAUAGCUGGCAAUAAAAGACCAUAAUAUUCUGGCUUAAAGGCUUAAUUGUGUAAGUGGAUUGGAUUACUUUAAAAAAUAAAUCAAUCUUAUCUUAAAUCGAUCAUAACCAUUAAGGUUUAAUAUGAAGAUCUUUGUGAAUUAGUUGUGUCUGAGAAAGGCUUUCUCGAACUCCCUUUCUGUCCUAUUUUAUAAUCAAGCAGUUGAUAAAAUCAAUGAGCAGUUGGAUGUGUUCAACAUCUUGACUAAAUUGAAUGAGAUUGACAAACUUAAAGAAAUACUACUUACAAAUUCUUAGUAAUUAUUAUUUGAUUUUGCAUCAAAACCAAUUAUUUCAAUGAUAGAGGAGAAGGAGAUGCCUAUUUCAAGAACUUUCCUUGAAAACAGGGCGAGACACACAAAUGUACCUUAUUAAGGGAAAAGAUCCAGGAAAAGUUAGGUAAUAUAAACUGGUAAUAAAUCCUUUUUUCGGACGCAAAAAUUUAUAGGGUAUUUGAAUAAAUGGAGAUAGGCUUAUGAUCUGAUAUUGUAAUAGAGUGCAGAUUAACACCCUCAACAUGAAGUGAACAGGAAAUUGAUUAAGAAACUUGGAGAUGAAAUGUAGACCAUUUUCAAAUUGUCUAAAUUGCUUGAUUUUGAUGGAAUCAGGAGACUGAGAGCCAAUUCAAAUAUAGAUCUAAUAUGCAGGAACACUCAAAAUGUUCCUGAAGAGAUGAUGAACAAAUGA